UUAUCGCCUGUUUGUUGUAUUUGCUGUGAUGUAUUAAAAACAUUUAAUUCCACGAAAUUCGGUUCAGUGUUGUUCGGCUUUCACUAUCGCUAAUACGUUUUGUCGUGUUCUGGACAGUAACUUGCUAGGAUGAGAAGCUCCAGUGUUCUACUCUUAACCAUCUCGAUUGGUUUGUGCCUUUCACUUUACAACCCAGUGGCGAAUGGUGCACCAAUGUUGGACUUAGCAACAACCGUGGACAACCCACGCCACCUGGUGCAACGUCGGGAGGUUGCGUACAGGCCACUUUUCGUUUACCGGCAGCAAGAAAUCGAGAAACAGGGGAGAUACGAUGCAAACGAACAGCAUCAACGGGAUCAUCAGGACUACAAACGGCAGCUGCAAGAUUAUAAACAGCAAAUGGAAGACUACAAACAUCAGUUGCACCUAUAUAAGCAACGGAAGCAGCAUCUUGAUCAUCAUGACUAUCAUGUUUGAUUCACUAAAUGUGUGACGACUUUCAUAGUUCUAUACUAAACUGUUCUAAAUUCUGAAAUAUAUUUCGCUUCUAAGUUUGUUCCGUAA